CAGGGCUACACACAGACAAACAACCAUACAGCUAUGCCUGCACAGCCUCCUGUGGCGCAGCCAGAGGAGGAGAUGGAGGCAGAAGGAGAGUCACAACUCCCUCAGGCUAAUGGAGAGUUAGAGGAACUGAGAGAACAUGAAGGUAGAGGAGGUGAAGGUGGAGAGGAGAGCAUGGAGGAGAGAGACAGUGACUUAGAUGAGAGUGAAGACGAAGAAGAAGGAGAAGAGGAGGAGGAGGAGGAAGAAGAAGAAGAGAGUUCGGAGAUGGAUGAUGAAGACUGCGAGCGAAGGAGAGGGGAAUGUCUCGAUGAGAUGCUCGAUCUUGAAAAACAAUUCCACGACCUGAAGGAGAAGUUGUUCCGGGAGCGGCUGAACCAGGUGAAGGUGAAGCUGGACGAGGUGUUGACAGGGCAGGCUGGAGAAUACAGAGAACCACUGGCUGCACUACAGAACAGCAUGCAGAUACAAACACACGUGGCUGGAGUGUACAGAGAAAUUUGUCUGCAGAUGAUCAAACACAAGCAUGAGUGUGAAGUGCAAGGAGCAAGGCAGCACCUGGAGAGCGAGCGCACAUUACUGUUAGAUGCCAUGAAGACUGAGCUGCUGGAGAAGAUUCGGAGACUGGAGGAGGACAGACAGAAUAUAGACCUCACCUCAGAGUGGAGCGAUGAGAUGAAGGGCAAGAAGUGUAAAAGAAAGAAUCUCUUUGGUCGCACAGAGAGAAAAAAGAAAGUAGCUCUGGUCUCAGGACCUUUCAUCGUCUACAUGUUGAGAGACAUCGACAUCCUUGAGGACUGGACUGCCAUAAAGAAGGUAAUGGCUAUUUUUCCACUUUCUCUCGGCUCACUCGGACAUGCACUCGGGGUAAUAUGCGGAAAACUGGGUCUGAACUUGCUCUGGAGUUUGCGCUUCAUCACCUGCGUGAGACACAUUCUCAACAGCAGGAGGAUCAAAGGGAAGAUCCGUAAUCUGGUGUUUGCCCUACUCACAUAAAUCCACUCAGAAUCAAAACGCCACUUCCACCGAAGCUCAGCUUCCACAAGAGUGGACGGGGGUGGGCAGGCGGGCAGGCGGGCAGGCGUGGAGGCUGGGCUUCUGCGGGAUGAUUGGAGGAACUGUCUGAAAGGCGGAGCCAGUUUUCGGUGAAAAGCUUUGCAGAAAUGCAAAUGUACUCGACAGCAGAGCCUUUUUCUGCCUCAGUCCUGAGUGGAUUUUGUGAGUCUGUAGACAAGUAGCUGGUCAUUGUGUGUUAUUUACAUGGCGAUAUAGACCAUUUUCAUUUGUACAUAUACACUUCCUCUGUUUUCAAAGACCAACAACUGCCACUGCAUAUGUCACUGCACUGUAUUUACAUCACCUGCCAUAUUGAGUUAUUAUCUGCUGUCGCAUCCUCACUACAUUUUCCUUUUUUUAUCUCAUUUAAAACAUUCUUUUGGUAACUUUCUGUGCAU